CAGUUGUAUAGUACACACUAAAUAUAUUCUGAUAAUGUUAUCAAGAUUUCUUUCAAUAUUCAUCGUUGUUGGCUUGGUCGCGUCUGUACGGUCGUUGAAAUGCCAGGAAGGAGUCAAUGCAACGUUUGGGACUAUUCCUUUUUACCAAUGGACGGAAAGGAUUUGUGAUAAAGGUAGCGAAUGCUUCAGCCAAGAGAUUGCAGAGCCGUUUAUGAAAAAUAUGAAAGCCUCCGUACAAUAUGGCGGAUGUAUAUCCAGUUCCUACGCGGGUUUAAUCACGUGUGAAAAUCUUUUCGGACCUGAAAGCACAUUCAAUCCUGCAGUGCUAAUGAACAUGUUCACUGAUUUGGAAGACAUGGUUGACGAUAUGGUGAAGGAUUUUCAGGCGGACUCCAUCCAACGCUUAAAAAUGCUGUUUUCGAAUGGGGAUAGUAUGCUGGAAUUCAUUGACGGGAUUUACAAGUACUUGGAAGCCAUGGGAUUCAAUAUGGCUAAAGCUGAACCACUCAAAACAAAGUUAGCCGAUUUAUUUAUGAAGUCUUUUGGACAAGGAGAGGGAAGUUACAGAGAACUAGAGAUAUCGGAAAAUCAAUUGAUGGACGCACUGGGAAAGCUAGACACAAAAAAUCCUAAAAUUGCCGCCAACAUUUUCUCGUAUCUGGAAAAUAUUCAAUCUCCGGAAGAUAUCGAGAUUAUAAAAUCAAACCCGGAUGCAGCACUCAUUACCAAUUUACCAGGACUAAUCAAAUCAAUGCUUCCAGAUUCUUGGGAGGUCGAUAAAUGGUAUGACAUCAUCUUUGACAUAUUCGGAGACAUCAAGUUUAGGUCUCCUGAAAAAUCAACUGCUGACGUCAUCAAAACCAUCAAAAUGGCAGCGGGUAUUCCAGAAGAUUAUAAAAAAUAUUUAGACCCAAUUUUCGAUACAUUACCAAGUUUGGUCCAACAUCUUUCUACUGGUGAUUUCAGUUAUGCACAGACAUGGUCAUUGCAACUCCUUCAAGCUGAAAGCACAACAAAUGAAAACACAACUAAGUUAACGAAUGCAAUAAACUCUUUCAUUGGCAAAGUUGUUCCACCCCAGACCGCUGGUAAACCUCUAAUCACGCAUUUAGCUAAAUGGCUGCCAGGAUUGUUUUACAAUUUCUUCCCGGCCAAUAAAGACGACAUUGGACGUGUAUAUAUUGAAAUGGCGAACGGAUUUGAUUCCUUCGAUUUUCAGACUCCUACCACCACAUUAGAAGAAACAGAAUUGAGCGAAUUUUUAAUGAUGAUAAUCAACAAAGUUAAUACUUCACCAGAGGGUGCCGAGCCGGAUCCCACACAAGUGAUGAUAAAGCUUUUCACCGUCAAUUUUUCGAAGACAUUUUACAAUAUAAUGACAUCAAAAUAUACGGAGGACUUGAACAAGUUUUUCCGCACAUUGAAAGACGGUUUUGAAGAAUAUCCAAAAUUCAAUGCUGGUAAAAUUAUUGUCGAUUUGGUUACAAAUAUGGGAGAAACCGUACCGACCGAAAUUGAGCCCAUCCUAAACAACGCCCAAAACGUUAUCAACGCAAUGUCCAUCUCGGAUUAUCAUAGAAGAAAUUCCGCCCUUUACGACGUAUUUUCCAAUCUUAUUGGCGACUACAAAACAAACUAUCCAGAUUCUGAAUUUCCAAAAUUAGCCGAAAACUACUUGCAAAUAUUACAGAACUACGACGAAAAUUUUCCGAAGUAUACGUGCUUCAAAUUGUACGAAACUGGAGAAUCCUUGAGCGAGAUACAGCCCACAGAUAUUGAAAAAUGCGUCAUAGAGAAUGAUAUGAAAAUGCGUGAGCAUAUACGAGAUUACUAUGACGCUGUGAACGAUUGGGCAGUUGACCUAUAUUUUGCUAUUUUUGAGUACGGAGAGAAACAUCCAGAUGUCCAACCAUACUUACUUAUGCCACUGGAGUUCCAGGAGCCUUACGUUAACAUGAUCAGACUUCUAGACAGACAAGACGUCAAGGAUCUCAUACGAGACUACACCGAUUGGACGUACAACAUGAGUAAAGACCCUUCUCUGAACAACUUUGAUGCGUUUAUCCAUUCAGUCAAUGCAACCGUCUACAAAAUCACAUCCAAGUUGAGCAGCGCAAUGAAAGAUCUUAGAGAGUUCCACAGACCUCAGUCUUGCAAGUACACUUCCUGUUCCAGUGACCUUUGCAACAGCCAUGAACGUAUCACAAACAUUGUUCCGUAUACUAGACCAAGUAAAAAGAUCACGGGUGAUGAAACCAUAACUUCCAAACCAACGAGUACAACAAGCGGGUCUGGAAAUGUCGUUACCACCGUCCUGCUCAACGUCGCCUCCUUGUGUUUGGCGUACAAAACACUCUCUGAAUAAGACGACAGACUUUUGUGAGAUUAAAAUAUAAUCUGAACUAAACUGCAAGAUUCGUUUCAUAGCACCUAUAAUGUAACAAUAAAAAUAUGUUGUUUUGAAUACCGACGUCAUUUUGUUUAUAUACGUAUACAUGUGUAAUUGAGGGAUGCUUAGAUAGAAUCCAUCACCCAGACAGUUAACUGAGCUUUCAUACACAAUAGGAAACAUGUUUCAUCAAUAUCUCACUAGGAGGAAAAUUAUGUUUUGUCUGAAUCGCAUUGUAAAAAUAGGGACUUCCAUUAAAAAUAUAUGGGAAUCCAUUUUUAUCUGACAAGAA